CACAGAAAUGGAUUUUGAUCGUACAAAAUUGUAAACCAUAUGAGCAAAAGAUCAGAACGACGGUCUGGUCACAAUUUGAUCCUUUGCUCACUCGCCAUCAGAGGACCAUGGACUACCCAACUGUAUUGGCCACCAUCGAAAAGGCCUGUGUGGAGACGCAGCAUCCAGCGACUCGAGAGCAGGCCGAGAAGGUUCUGAUUGACUUCAAGCACAGCGCCAACAUUGUGCCUGUCUGCCAGUAUCUUCUUGCCAACUCCAACACGCCGAUGGUUCAGUUUCAUGCCGCCUCAGGAAUCACUGGAGCCAUCGUCCGGGAAUACGGUUUAUACCAGAAGCAGGACAUUCAUCACUUGCAGGCGUACCUCAUCCAGUACAACCUCGAGCAUCCCAGACUUGUCUCUUGGGUCGCCAAGCAGAUCUACCAAGCCAUAGCCGUGAUCUCAAAGCGUGGAUGGCUCGAGGCUUCGGAAAAGGAGCAGGAUGUCGUCUACAACCACAUUAUCCAACUUCUAUCUAUGGGCGAUCAGGAAAGGAAGAUUGGACUUACCUUGGCGCAUGCACUCGUGGACGAGUUUUCUAGCAGAGGAAAGGCGAGCAGCGUUGGAUUGACAUGGGACUUCCAUUAUAGGACUAAACUUUCAUUUGAGGAGCGACACCUCAGGUUGAUCUUUGAGGCUGCACUCAAGGUCCUGCACGAGCAACUGCAUGAUCUGAUUUCGAUCCCUGGUCAGGAAGUGUCGGGAUCUCAGAAGCCGCUGCUUAGUCUUUCGAUCUUGCUGCUCGAGUCGAUCUUACAAUGGGACUUCUCUUCAAACAGUCAACCAGUUCUAGCGGGCACAUUUGCAGAUGACGAGGACGACUUUACAAGGACUAUUGUCUAUCCUGCGAGCUGGCGGUCAGUUCUUGUUAACGCCGACGUCCUCUCCAUGUUCUUUACUUUGUUCCCGCUGGUCCAGGACGACAAUAUUAUGACACACCGUGUCCGGCAAUGCCUAAUUCAGCUUUGCGGUCUUCACGGAGCCAUCUUUGUCGCCGAAGAGGCCGCGAUCCAUCACAUUUCCGGAGUGAUGAAGGGACUAUUGGCCCUUAUCAACAAUGUGGCAUCUUGCUCAUCGGACGAGUGCCUGCAGGCAGAUUACACGGAAAAUAUGAUUGCUAUCACAGAGAUGAUCCGUCAGUUGCUGUCUUUCCACUCAAUCCAAACGAUCUGCGCUGUGCCUGAACGUUUUGACUUUUUAAACCAAGUUGCCUUGCUUACCAUCCACUGCUUGAACGAGUCAGCCAAGGUUCCUGAGGAGUCUGAGAGUCUUAUGGGGGCAUUCGAUGAACUUCUAGUGACCUGGGUUAAACUGGUGCAGGAUUCGCAAGCUGCCAUCUCGGAUCACAACUCGCCUGCUUUGGUUGCGGACGCCACGAACCUGCUGCAGUUCUUUCACAGUAUCAGCUACCGUAUCGUGGAGAAAUAUGUCGAUACUAGACUGGAGCUUGCAAAAUUCAAUGCCCUGGUGGAUGAGGAGAGCGAUGGAUUCCAGGAUUGGGAGACUUAUGGCGACCAGCUGAUUUCGAUUGCAGCCUUGGCCAGACUAGAUCCUCACAACACGUUACUCCGACUUCAGAGUCUGCUUCACGAUCGCAUCGAGCGUCUUCAAAACUUUCUCAGAACGACGCACGAUGGUAGCCAUCCUGAUUAUGUUACAUUCUUGUAUGAGCAUCUGCACUGGCUGAUUGUUAUCACAGGAUAUGUAUUUGCGGACAAUAACGUCGGAGAGACAGCGCUCGUACCGGACACCCUUAAUGAAUUCUCGAAGAGCCAGGCCCUGGCGCAGGAUCAGCUCGUCAACAUUUUCAGCAACCUGAUGAGUCUCCUGGACUCUGUUUCACUUGACUCUCACUCCGCGCAGGCAAUAUCGUGCAGUCCUCAGGUCGCUCUUUCACUCUUCUGGUUCCUUGAGCGAUGGGUAAAGACGUAUCUCUUUAUCGGUCCAGAAAACUACGCAAGCCUUAGCUCCAAUCUCUUGCAAUCAUAUGGAGAGGCGUCUCAGGGGGGCAAAGGUAGCUCUAUCCUGGAGUUUCUGAUCAUCAAACUGCGCAUCAAUUUUAUCAUGUGGAACGCGGACCCCGAUGUCUUGGUCCAGAUUAUCGCGCUCAUGAACACAUUCGGACAGAGAUCCUCUGUACGAAACGCGCUUCUACAGUCUGAACAAUUUCCUCCGCUCGUUAGCUUCUUUAUCGAUCACCUCUCUGUCCUCCCUGAAGUCAUCCACAACUCGCUUAUUCAGUCGAUCACAAAUAUUAUCUCGUACGCCCCUACCGAGCAACUGAACGGACAUUACUUCAACCUGAUCUCAACGGCUAUCGAGACACGCUUUGCGGCUGUUCUACACGACAAGUCAUUCCAGAGCAGAUACCAAACUCCUGAAGUCAUGAGCCAGAUCAUGAAUGGCCUAGAGAUGUUCAAUGGACUAGCAUUGGCACUGACAGAUGUUAAUACUCCGAUGAUCUACAACUUCUGCUCUCGCUUCUUUGAGUCGUUCGUGGAUCUGGUGAGGGUCUACAACAACUUUCCCGAGGUCCAAAUCCUGGUGCUGAGGCUCUACACCGAUUUGAUCAGAAACCUCGACUUUAUGGUCCUUUCUGCAGACCAAGUCAGUUAUUUUCACACCUGCCUCUUAAAACUCUUGCAGACAUUCUCGGCAGCAAAUCUCGGCAAUAAGCGAGCAAUCGCUUGGGAGGAAGCAGAGGAUGAGCCGUACAGCGACGUUUCGGUUGUAUUGGAGAUGUUGCUGAGUCUUCUGGAGGUCCGGGGCGUGGACCAGAUGCUGGCACAUGCGCCUAACGCCGUCGCGCCAUCAACCGUCGUCUUUUCCGGCAUCAAUAUUUUGAUUCCCAUGAUCAAGGAGAACAUGCUUAAAAUCCCAAGGUUGUGCACACUCUAUAUCCGUCUGAUUUCCAGGCUAGUCGAGUCGUACCCAGGAAGCCUUAUCGAACUACCGAAUGAUCUGCUUAACAACCUGAUGGCUUCCCUCAAAUUCGGCAUCGACCACAAUAUCCUUGAAGUGUCGCACUUGACCUUCCAAGCCAUCACAGCAUUGGCCCUGUAUGCGUGUAAUGCUACUUUCCGUAACUCGACAGAAUACGUUGCAGGACUAAGAAUCCAUUUGGAUCAGUUCCUGAAGUUGACAUUUGAGCAGCUAUUGUUUAAGAAGCUGGAUAUGGAGUUAGUCGAUGUGGCGGGCUCGUGCGUGCUGGCACUAGUGUGUGCAAGGCAGGAGGCCUAUGGUGGGCUGAUCCAGGAGAUGCUUGGAGCGAGUGAGACACCCCUGACGCCCGAGUUGCAACAACGGUUAUCGGGCUCAUUCCAACAUCUUUCGGAGGCCUUCCCGACGCAAGAUGUUGUUGGACAGAGAGAGUUGACGCCUAGGGAUGUUGCCAUGACGCCGGCCAGGAGGGAGGUCUUUAUGAGGUUCCUAAUGGGCGUGCGUGGUGUUUUACGGGUGAAGUAAAGGAAAGAAGGAAGGAAGGAAGGUGGAGCGCCGGUCUUAACUAUGGCUCCUCCUGAGUGCUCUUUAAUAAAUUACUUCCGAUAGAAUAAUGAUUGUUUUGACGCGACGAAAUUAGC